AUGUCGGCGAGACCUACAACGCCGGCGUCGCCGCGCAACUUCAAAGUCAAGGCGCCCCAGGCUGGGCAGCCCAUGUAUGGCUGUGAACACCUUCAAAGACUCUUCAAUCAGGACCAGGUCACGACCAAUACCUCGAUCCAGCACUACCGCGCCAUCCUGCGUAGCAUCUACGACACGAACCCUCUCGUCCCACAGACGGCCAAGGCUGGCGAAGGCGUGGUCGUCACCACCCUCACUCCGACAUACCUCUGCCUCCAGUGUCCCUCGACAUUGACCGAAGAGGAGAGGACCAGACAUGGGGGCAAAAAGUCACACAGAUUUUAUGUGGACUCAAGGAGUGGUGCCCUGUACUGCCAAAUGUGCGACGACAUUGUUUGGGAUCCUACCUUCGAGGAGAUGCGAUUGAAGAAGAUUGGCACGGGCACAUUUUCAAACCGAAAGCGCAAACAUGAAGAGAUGUUCGAGACUUCAGACCCCGUCAGAGACAACCCGACCUAUCUCUCGUCCAACACCACGGCGGCCUCGUGCAAAUCCAAUGGAUUGCGGGGCAUCUACAACGCCGGCGCGACCUGCUACCAGAAUGUUGUUCUGCAAGGCUUCAUCCACAACCCCAUCCUGCGCAACUUCUACCUCAGUGACGGCCAUCCUAGCGGCUCGUGCCAAGUGCCAUACUGCCUGAGUUGCGCUAUGGACGACAUGUUUCAAGAUUUCUAUGCCCUGGAGACAACGAACGGUUACACGGCAGCCAGCAUCCUGUCCGGCUUCUGGUUCAGCGACCGCAAGGCCUUUGAGAAUCUUGUUGCUACCAAGGAGCAGGAUGCUCACGAGUUCUUCCAGUUUCUUGCGGAGGAGCUGCACGAGCGCAACGGCGACGGCAAAAAGCCCGAGACGGCCAGCGAGCACAUGUGCCAAUGCAUCAUCCACCAAACCUUUUACGGCAAGUUGGAGAGCGCCACCACCUGCCAGAACUGCGGCGGUGUGACGAGACAGAUCCAGAGUUUCUUGGACCUCAGCCUACCGCUCGAGAAUCUCGGCCACAAGAAGGGCAAGAAGGGCUCGCAGCAGCGUACGUCAUUGACCUUGCAGGAGUGCCUUGACGAGGAAUAUAUCAAGCAAGAUAAGUGCGAGUACCGCUGCACCAACUGCAGCUCCACCCAGCAAGCCCGUCGCCAGACUAGCAUCAAGCUGCUUCCCAAUGUCCUGUCAAUCCAGCUCAAGCGCUUUGAGUACAAACAAGGCCGCAACGAACGCGCCGCCAAAAUCGAUACUCCCGUGCACUUCCCUCUCGAACUCAAUAUGCUUCCGUACACCAACCGCGGAGCCGCCACCCGCGCUCAAGACGGCAACACGAAUGGGAAUACCACGAACGGCACCAACGGAAUCAACGGCGUGAAUGGCUCUGGUGCCUCCAAGCCUGAGAACUUUGAGCUCGCCCGAACGUGCACAUAUGACCUGCUCAGUGUAGUGGUGCAUGUCGGCGAGAUCGACACCGGUCAUUAUGUCACAUAUUGCCGGGUUGGUGACCAGUGGUUCGCAUUCAAUGACCAUCGUGUCGAGCUUGCGCAAAAGUCAGACGUUCUCAACGCAAAACCAUAUCUGCUCUUUUACGUCGUCCGAUCCCUAUCAUAG